AUGGAUACGUCCAAGCUCCUGGCUGGAUAUCUCGAUACCCUUGCAGAAAAGUACCCGUCAACCAAGUUCGUGAGCAUCGUGGGAAGUCAAUGCAUUCCGAACUAUCCUGACCACAAUUUACCUACACUACUCAUAUACAGAAGUGGUGAACUGCGACGGCAAAUCGUUGGCCUACGCCCGGAAAUUGGGCUGGAUGGCAUGCGGACGAAGCUUGCAGGUAUGUGUCUGAUGCUUGGCGAGCCUGAGUAUAGACUCACACAUUCUCCUCAGACAUUGAGUUACUUUUAG